AUGCUCUCACUACCACUCCUCCUACCGCAACCAGACAUACUACCAGGUCGCCUUAAUUUGCGUCCUCGAUCUCCAUCUCCACCGCAGCAUGGUCGACAUAAUCAGCAAGGCCACCGCCAACACCACCAACAAUCUCGCCGCGACGAAGAGAAACGCAAUGCAAACCCUCGCACCAACCCUCUCGCCCUGCUGGUAGCAGAUGAAGCAGCAAUCCAAGCCCGCAAGCAUGCCAUCCGCAACUUUGGCUCCUACUGGAUACGACCCCCCGGCAUCCCGAAGACCCUACAGGCCAUGAACGAGGAGGCUGCCGACUUGGCUGAGCAUGAGGAGAUGAUGCGGCAGGAGCAGGGGUUGCGGGAUAUGCAGGCGCAGCAGCAGGCUGAGGAAGCGCGAGCCCGGGCGGAGGCAGGGGAGGAAGAAGGCGAGGGCGAGGAGGAGAGGGAUCUGGAUGAAGAUAUUCCUGAUGCUGAUGCGGAUGUUGAGGAGGAGAGUGAAGAAGAGGAAGAGGAAGAGGAGGAGAGUGGGCUAGGGGGCGAGGUGACAUCCUUCAAUGAAGAGAGUAUAGUUGAGGGGAGCAGGGUGAUGGAUGAGCAGCAAGCACGACGCUUCGCAGAACGAGAGGAGGCAGAAUUAACGGGCGCCGCGAGGGAUGAAGAAGACCUGGGCAUCGAGAUGGAGCGCGAUCUAGACGACUCGGUGCCGGAGGCAGGCAGCUACCAGCACACGGAUACAGAGGUCGAAGAUAGCACCUCCGACGGCGAUCUAGACGACGACGACUCGCCGCUCGGUGACUCCGUCGGUGCAGCGGCACGGCAACAGCGACAACUACAGCAAGCACAACAACAACAGCAGCAAAUCCCAUCUUCAUCCGCACGACGACCAGGCACACGCUCCUCCGUUCGCUCGCAAUUCACACAAUCGAAUCACCACCAGCAGCCGCAACGUGGCCGUCUCCCCUUUGAAGCUCUCGACCACGCCACCAUCACGCCCGCCAAUGGCAGCGGGAACGUCAGCAUGCAAGACCGUCUUCGGGCGGCACCGUCGCUUGAUGCGUCGCUCACGCGAAGCCCGGGGAGUUUGAACUUGUCGAGCUCGAUGGUUGAGAGUUCGUUCGUGAGUAGUAGUCCGGUGAUGCAGAGGGGUGCGAGAGGGAGGGGUGGGCGGAGAGAGGGGUGA